AGUUACAUUACAUCACAUCACAUUCAGUACCUCUUUUCACUCACGAUUUCACUUUCAAUCUCUUUCUCUCUUUUUCAGAUUCAAACCUCUCUUUUAACAACAAUGGCGGCACAACCCCCUUCCACCGAAACCUCCACCAUAGACCCUUACGAAUUCCUCAAAAUCAAACUCAACCCAGACGGUUCCCUCACCCGAAACUACAUCGUCCCCACCGUGCCACCAUCCCCCGCUGCCGCCGCCGCCGGAGAUCCCAACUCGCCGCCGCAACUCGCUCUCUCCAAGGACAUUCCCCUCAACGCCGAAACCAAAACCUCCAUCCGCCUCUUCCUCCCCCACCCUCCGCCUUCCUCCGCCACCAAGCUCCCCGUCGUGAUCUACUUCCACGGCGGCGGCUUCAUCCUCUACCACCCUUCCUCCCUCAUCUUCCACGAAUCCUGCAACGCCCUCGCCUCGAACAUCCCCGCCAUCAUCGUCUCCGUCGACUACCGCCUCUCGCCGGAGCAUCGUCUCCCGGCGGCGUACGACGACGCCAUGGACGCAAUCAACUGGGUCCGAAACCAGGCCCUUGACCCGACCCGAUCCGACCCGUGGAUGAGGGACCACGCUGACUUCUCAAAGUGCUUCUUAAUGGGAAGCAGCGCGGGAGGAAAUAUCGUCUACUUCGCGGGUCUACGUUCGCUCGACCUGGAUCUCUCUCCGAUGAAGAUCAUAGGGAUAAUGAUGAACAUUCCCUAUUUCGGUGGGGCCGAGAGGUCAAAAUCGGAGCUCCGUCUGGUCAACGAUCAUAUAUUACCGUUGCCGGCGAACGAUCUCAUGUGGUCGUUGUGUUUGCCGGAGGGGGCGGAUCGCGAUCACGAGUAUUGCAAUCCGAAGGUGUCUGAAGGGGUCCACGGAGCGAAGAUCGGACGGCUGCCGAAGUGUUUCAUCAACGGCUACGGUGGAGAUCCAUUGUCCGACAAGCAGAAGGAGUUGGGUAAGAUUUUGGAGGCACGUGGGGUGCACGUGGAGACACAUUUCGUUGAUGAUGGAUUUCAUGCUGUGGAGCUCUUUGACAAAGGAAAGGCACUCACGUUGGGUGAGAACGUCAAGAAAUUUGUACACUCCGCCGCUAUGUGACUCUCUGGGUGAGGCUACUUUUUUUUAAAAUUUUGCUUAAAUAAGAAAAUAAAUUUUUUGAUAUUGCAAUGUUAUUAAUUGCAAACAGAAGGGACAAAUUUCCAUAUAUUUUUUGAACAUUUAAUUGUUGUUUUCUGAUUUGUGGAU